AGAAACAGAAACUAUACGAACGAAUGCUAGGAUUAGACUGAAGUUUUCUGUGUCAUUUUAAUGUCUACUCCAAUCUAGCCCGAAGGAUAUUUGAACUUACCUUUGGACUGACUUUCCCGACUUCUUCAGCUCCAUUACCCCGACCAAGAAACAAGAUCCAUUUCAGUUUGCCUGUCUCCUUAAUAAACGCUCCUUGUACCGCAUUUGGGUCCCUGAAUAUCUGUCAUAACACUAUGGAUGAAAAUGAAUAUGGCAUGAUUACUGAUGAGGAAGUGAAAGAUAUCAGAGAGGCACUGGAGAAGAGCACCUUGGCUACAGCAGCUGAAAAGAUUCAAGACUAUUUUAACCAACUAGAUCACACUACUCUGAACAUUGCUAUCACUGGAGAGUCCGGUUCUGGGAAGUCCACCUUUGUUAAUGCUUUCCGAGGGAUUCCAAAUGAUGAUGAAAUUAACGGAGCCCCCACUGGUGUAGUGGAGACUACCAUGGAUGCUAAAUCUUACCCCCACCCAAAGUAUCCCAAUGUCCAGCUGUGGGAUCUACCUGGAAUCGGAACCCCCAACUUCAAGGCAGACACAUACCUUCAGGAUGUGAAAUUUGAACGCUAUGAUUUCUUCAUCAUCAUUGCAUCAGAACGUUUCAAGUCCAGCAAUGUACAGCUGGCCUUGGAGAUCCAGGAAAUGAAGAAGAGUUUCUAUUUUGUACGCUCCAAGAUUGAUAAUGACAUUAGAGCAGAAAAACAAAAGAAAACCUUUGACCGUGAUAAGACAUUAGAAACAAUCCGAGAUGACUGUAUUAAAGGCCUUCAGAAACAGGGCUUAACUUCUCCCACAGUCUUCCUGAUUUCCAGCUUUGAACUGGGAGGCUAUGACUUCCCUUUACUUGAAGAGACCAUGGAGAAGGAGCUUCCCAUGCACAAGAGGCAUGUCUUCCUGUUGUCUCUGCCCAAUAUGAGCCAAAAAAUCAUUGAGAAAAAGAAGGCAGCCUUGAAGGCAGACAUAUGGAAAAUGGCUGUACUAUCAGGCACAAUAGCUGCCAUACCCAUCCCAGGCCUAUCAGUUGCUGUUGAUGUGACUAUUUUGGUCAAGCAGAUCUCCAGAUAUUACUUGGCAUUUGGUCUAGAUGAGGAUUCUUUGAGAAAUCUUUCUAGCAGAACAGGGGUACCUUUUGAAGACCUGAAAUCGGAUCUCAAAUCUCCCCUUAAUAAGGAGAUAACAGCUGAUGUGGUCAUUAAGCUGCUGACCAAGGCAGCUGGCGGUGGGUUAAUGCUUCUUGAGUACCUGGUGAGCAACAUUCCUGUUUUUGGAUCCAUGGCAGCUGGUGGGAUUUCCUUUGGGACCACCCGCUACAUGUUAAACAGCUGCCUGAAUGAGCUGGCUGAGGAUUCACACAGUGUGCUGAUGAAGGCUUUACAGACUCCAGUCUAACCCAAUAUACCAUCUAUACAUUCUUUACCUGCAUCAACUAAAUCUAUCACAUACACACGUUCAUGUCGGUCCAUUAUGUGUAUAACACUGUUAUUGGUAAGGUAGUAUAUUUAUGUUUUUAUAUAUAAUAAUUCAAUAUAUGGUAGAAUUAUUUACAAAAUAAUCACAUAACCUCUUAAUAUGCUAAUACAUAAUCAAUAUAAGUAUCAAGUUAAGAAACAAGGAAAAUUAUACUGCUUAUCUCUGUAUGAUUUCUGUCUAGCUGCUAUUCACUUGUCAUUUACUUAACACUUAACUCUGUAAUAUGUUAAAAUUUGUUAAACAUCUGCAGUUUGAAAAAUGACCAACUUCAAAUGGUUUACAUUUUAUUAUAUAAAAAAAUAUUGUGCCAAGGCUAAUAAAAAGACAAAAAUCUUUUACCAAGAUGCCUGUUUCUACAAUAUUGUGCAAGUUAGCAACACAUGUUAUGAUUAUCUAAAAGAAUAUCUGACC